GUUUCAAGUCUCAACAUUUGACAUAAGCAUAACCAGUACCCAUGGCAUCAAUGUGGCUUUUUUUAUUACUUGAUUAAUUUUACGAAUACAAUUCUUUAGUUAUAUAUGAAGUACUUACAAAUAUUGAAAAAACAGUUUUCGACAAUUAUGAAAAUGGAAGCAGCAGCAACUGUGAAUCUUGAUAAAAAAUGCAUAAAAGAAGGCCAAGCUGAAAUCCAUUUGACUACUGAAAAAGUUUUCUACAACCCCGUACAAGAAUUUAACAGAGAUUUGAGUAUAGCUGUGUUAAGUGUGUUUACACAAGAUUAUAAAGCAGAAAAGAUUGCUAAAGGAAGAAAAAAUGUGAAGAAUUUGAGCGAAAAUAUAGUUAAAGAUGCUGUGGGAACUGGAGGUAAUAUUGAGGUUCCAGUUACUAUCUUAGAGGCUUUAUCUGCAACUGGACUGAGAAGUAUCAGAUAUGCAAAAGAAAUACCUGAUACAACUAAAAUUCUAGCCAAUGACCUAUCAGAGCAAGCUGUUGAAACAAUAAAAGCUAAUAUUGUACAUAAUGGUGUGGAAUCUUUGAUUGACACUAGCCACGAUGAUGCAUGCAUGCUCAUGUAUAAACACAAGCAUCCAGCGAAAAGGUUUGCAGCCAUUGAUUUAGAUCCAUAUGGCUGUCCAUCUAUAUUCCUUGACUCUGCUGUCCAAAGUGUUCAAGAUGGAGGCCUCUUACUUGUGACAGCAACUGACAUGGCCGUUUUGGCAGGAAACUCACCAGAAACAUGUUAUAGCAAAUAUGGUGCUAUUAGUCUUAAAACCAAAUGUUGUCAUGAAAUGGCUUUGAGAAUACUAUUACAGUGCAUAGAGCAACAUGCAAACAGAUAUAGCCGUUAUAUAGUACCAUUAUUGAGUAUAUCUGCUGAUUUUUACAUAAGAGUAUUUGUCAAGAUUUACUCUGGUGCGAUACACUGCAAGAAAAGUACAAGUAAAUUGUCUAUGGUGUACCACUGUGUGGGCUGUGACAAUACAGUACUUCAACCCCUUGGAGGAUUCAAGCCUAAUCCAACUGAAAAGAAUCCUGAUCAAAUGAAAGCUUUUCUCCCUUCAGCACCACCUGUCGGCGAACAUUGUGAGCACUGUAACCAACGGCAUCAUUUAGGUGGUCCUAUUUGGUCGGCACCUAUUCACGAUGAGCUCUUUGUCACCCGAGUGUUGAGUCAUGUGGAAGAAAAUCCUCAGCUAUUUGGUACAGCGAAGCGUAUACAGGGAAUCCUCUCAAUGGUCAGAGAGGAACUAGUGGAUGUUCCACUCUACUAUACACUUGAUAAGUUAUUUGGAAGAGUGCACUUGGAAACUAUGCCAAUGUUGGUUAUGAGGUCGGCUUUGCUGAACGCGGGCCACCGGGUGUCGUACUCGCACGCGGCGCGGCUGUCCGUGAAGACGAACGCGCCCGCGCGCUUCGUGUGGGACGUCGUGCGCCACUGGCGCAGCUUGCGGACUGACGUCACGCACAAGAUAGAAUCUGACCCGGUGGCUAAAUAUAUCCUGAGCCAGGACGUCACCAGCUCGGUGGACCUGAGCGAGCGUCCGGACGCCAACCCCAACAGCCGGCGCCACGGGCGGCUGCGCUUCCAGUACAACCCCGCGCCGCACUGGGGGCCUGGCGCGCGCGCCGCCGUCAAUGUUGGUGAAGGAAAAAUGUCUAAAGCUAUACGCAAUCAAAACAAAAAAAACAAGGAGAAGCGAAAUGAAAAACGAGGUCAUUCACCUGAGGACGAGGAAUCGCGUAAAAAGUGUAACACCGACGAUAUCGACACAACUGUGUAAAUACAAUAAACAUGAACAUGUCGUUUGGCUUAUAGUUAAACUUAGUUUAUAUUCAUAAAGAGUUAUAUUAAAAAUUAUAAUU